GGCAGUGCAGAAGCCAUGAAGAUUAACCAGAACACUGUGCUGCAAGGACAGAGGGUGACCCUGGUGCCAUAUACUUCUACACAUGUGCCCCGGUACCACGAGUGGAUGCAGUCGGAGGAGCUGCAGCGCCUGACAGCCUCGAAGCCACUCAGCCUGGAGCAGGAGUAUGAGAUGCAGCGCAGCUGGAGGGACGACACAGACAAGUGCACCUUCAUUGUGCUGGAUGGAGAGCAGUGGCGUGGACAGGACCAGGACUGCAUGGUGGGGGAUGUCAACCUCUUCCUCACCGACCCUGAGGAUCCCACUUUGGCUGAGAUUGAAAUCAUGAUUGCAGAACCUGGCUAUCGUGGCAGAGGGUUUGGCAAGGAGGCAACGCUGAUGAUGAUGUCCUAUGGAGUGAGAAACCUGGGGAUCACCAAAUUUGAAGCUAAGAUUGGUCAGGAGAAUGAAGCCAGUAUCUGCAUGUUCAAAAAGCUCCAUUUUAAGGAGGUUGCUGCCAACAGCGUUUUCCAAGAGGUGACACUGAGGUUGGAUAUCACUGACCAGGAGAGAAAGUGGCUCCUGGAACAGACAAACCACGUGGAGGAGAAGAGCUACACGGAACUGAAGCUGCCAGCUGGGGUGCUGGAGAGCUGACAGACACAAGCUUGGUUUCCAGGGAGGAUGUGGACGCUGUGGCGAGGUCUGGGUGUGGAGGA